AUGGACGAGAGCAUCCAGCAGUUCGCUGCCAUCACUGGUGCUUCCGCCGACCGUGCCCGCUUCUUCUUGGAGGCUGCCGGCGGCGACUUGGAAACUGCUAUGUCCAGCUUUUACGAGUCCGAGCCAUCGCAGUCUGCGGUCGAUGAAGAAGCAGAGGGCGCAGCACCAUCCGAACCCGCUCCUAGUGUGCCAGCUGACUACACUGGUCCGCGCACGCUAUCUGGUCAACCGGUCGAGUCUUCGGCUGCCUCUGGCUUUGGCGCUACCUCGAGCUCCAGCCAGUCCCAACGCUCCGCAGCUAGUGGCGGAAGUCGCGGCGGCAUCUCCACCAUGCGCGACAUCCGAUCUGCCAACGAAGGUUCGGCUAGCAGACGAGGAGGUAGCGGUGACGACGAAGAUGACGACGGCGAUGAUGACGAGAUGAAUUACUUUGCUGGCGGCGAGAGAAGCGCACUCAGUGUCGAGAAUCCGGAAGCUCGACGUCGCAGGAAUCAACCCGGAGGGGACAUGGUCCAGGAGAUCCUUCGUCGUGCUGCUGAAGAGGGCAAAAAACAUCCUGAGCUUGCUAAAGCCCAAUCAUCAUCUUCCUCCAAUUCGCUCGCGUUUACCGGACGUGGUCGAACCAUCAAUGAUUCUGCUGAGUCCGAGCCUUCUGCAGGCACGACCUCAAUGCCCGGCGGCUUUGCAAGCGAUCCUGCAGCUUCCGCCAGAGACAACAGCGGCAAUGGUGGUGAUAAUGAGGACGGAGAGGUGGCGAUUCGAAACCUUACCUUCUGGGAGGACGGCUUUUCGAUUGAGGACGGCGAAUUGAUGCGAUUCGACGAUCCAGCACAUGCACAGACGCUGGCUGCCAUCAACGCGGGCCAUGCACCUCUCGACCUUCUCAACAUUCGCUUCGGUCAGCAAGUGCAGGUCCACGUCCAUAGACGCACCGACGAGAAGUACAAGCCUCCACCCAUGAAACCGUUUGCAGGGUCUGGCAACCGACUUGGCUCCCCCGCUGCUCCCUCAUUCGCGACCUCUUCUCAAUCGCAGCCUGCAACAACGGCGACCACUUCGGCGACUUCUAGCUCUGGAGACUUCAAGGUGGAUGCGGAUAGGCCCACAACACAGCUUCAAAUCCGACUCAGCGACGGGCAACGAAUGACAGCUCGCUUCAAUACGGACCACACCAUUGCGGAUCUGAGGAGCUACAUCAAUGCUGCCAACCCGGUAACGUCGACGCGAAACUAUGUGCUCAAUGCGUCAUUCCCGCCCAAGCCCUUGAGUGACGAGUCGCAAACUCUUCAAGACGCUGGUCUUCUCAAUGCUGUCGUCAUUCAGAAGUUCCAGUAA